AUGACGCAAAGUGCUAUAGUUGGAUCUUGGCACAACACUGGUUUCUAUGGCCACUACAGGGGCCAAUUCAAGUAUGAACUAGCUCAGGAUUACCGACUUGCAGCCAAACCCCAGCCUCCAGCAGUGUUCCUACAAAGAAUGAAGGAACCAGCAGGUCUACACUUAUUCUCUAAACAUGACAACCGUGGUGUCUUUGACCCAGGAUUAGGGAGACGCAAAUCUUGGCAGAAGUUCAGGAGCAAACGAAGUGCUUACACUUGGCCUACUGGUGAUGAAUCCAAGUACCCCCUUGUUUCCAGUUACCAGAAGGACUACAUGAAAGAACCAGUAAGCUUGGAUGUACCACUUCCUCAGCCACUAGUCCAUUAUAAUCUGAAUGGAGACUCAGAGUACCUGGAUGCAAACCGAUUACCUAGCACCACCUACCAGCAUAACUUCUGUCAUCAUAUUUUAAACCAUUUGGCAGAGAUGAAGUUUAAAAAAGAGGAUUGUGAGACCAAGGAAAAAUUAGGGACAUCCUCUUCCCCUGCCCCAAGUGCUCUUCCUGAAACACUGCCAGACCACCCUGGCACAGUGACUAGAAAGAAAACACCACCCUGCCUGCGCCUCACCGUCUCUGACUGUUUACAGUGGUUGGACCCAUUAAAGAAAACAUGUUAG